UCCAGGAAGCGAGUGGCGUGACUAAGGGCCUCACAGUCGGUACCUUAACUUUAUGCUUGUCAUCGGUACAAGUGACAUUUUAUUAAACUACUUAUUAUUCUGCAGAUAUGGGUGAUGAUGAAGAGAAGUAUGAUGGGAUGUUGCUGGUUAUGGCGCAGCAGCAUGAAGGAGGAGUACAAGAGUUAGUAAACACCUUUUUCAGCUUCCUCCGCCGAAAAACAGAUUUCUUCACCGGUGGCGACUCAGGUGCUGCAGAAAAGCUUGUUAUGGAUUCUUACGCCCACCACAGUAAACUAGCACUGAAGGCCCACCAAGAAAAGCAGACGAAGCAGGAGAAGGAAAAGAAAGAGAAAGCCCAAAGAGCAGCGAAGCUAGCAGAGGAGGAGGAGAAGAAGAAGAAGAAAAACGACGAUGGUCCCAGAAUUCAGGAACUGACCGAUGAAGAAGCAGAGAAACUUCAGUCUGAACUUGACAAGAAAAAGAAAGAAGAGGAGAACAAAGUGGAGAGCGCAAAGACAAAUGCAGACAAAUCAUCUAACAAAGCCGAUAAAGAGAAGGGGUCUGAUUCAGAGGGAGAGGAGGAUGAGAAGGACAAAGAUAAACUGAAACCUAAUGCAGGAAACGGAGCCGACCUGCCCAACUACAAGUGGACACAGUCUCUAUCUGAAGUUGAUAUCUCGGUGCCUUUUGACGUUAAGUUCCGCAUUAAGGGUAGAGAUGUGGUCGUGGACAUCCAGAGACGCUCCCUCAAGGUCGGCCUGAAGGGACACCCUCCCAUCAUCGAAGGUCAGCUCUACAACGAGGUGAAGGUAGAAGAAAGCUCCUGGCUGCUCGAUGACGGCAAGGUUGUUGUAGUCCACCUGGAAAAGAUCAAUAAAAUGGAGUGGUGGAACAAGAUCAUCAGCACAGAUCCAGAAAUCAACACCAAGAAGAUCUGUCCAGAAAACUCAAAGCUGUCAGACCUGGACGGAGAGACACGCGGCAUGGUGGAGAAAAUGAUGUAUGAUCAAAGGCAGAAAUCAAUGGGUCUGCCUACAUCUGAAGAGCAGAAGAAACAAGACAUUCUUAAAAAGUUCAUGGCUCAGCACCCAGAGAUGGAUUUCUCCAAAGCCAAAUUCAGCUGAGACCAGCUCCACUUGUAGGAACCACGUUGUUGUGCCUGUCAUUCAUGUGAACAACAGCCAGAGCUAACGUCAGGCACCAAGCCCCUCCCCUCCCUUCAUACGUUUUUGAUUGACAUGUCUUAAGUGCAUAAUGGUUCAUAUUCUUUUUCUGUUAUGUCUUCAUUCUCCCUUUGCAUGUGCUGCGAUAUUUAAAGAUGACUGGAUUUUUUAAAUAAAUGAAUUUAAAAUCA